AAAGCCCUGUGUGAAUACUCCAAGUGCUUACUGCUCUUACCUCCCAGUAACAUUGCCAUGAGACGGGAUGUCCAGGAGGGCCAGGCUCGCUGUUUGUCUCACUUAGGAAGGCACAAGGAGGCUCUGGAUAUUGCAGAAGAAAUGCAAAAAGGCACUACUAACACAGAUCACUUAACGGCGGUUCUCAACCUGCAGUUUGCCCUUUACCAGGGCCUGGAGAACGUAGGAAAAAAGAUCACGUGUCUGCAGCAACUCAUCUGCUUACAUCCUUUCAACCCCCAGUACUGGAAGUUACUUGCGGAAGCUUAUAUGAGCCUUUUACAGAGCAUAUCCCCGUUAGUCAUUCCGGAAACGAAUCUAAAUCAGUCUGAAGAGGUUAGUGUAAGUGGUAGGAGUUUCAAAACAUCACCUGGAACAGAGAUUAAUUUGCAGCCUCAGAGAUCAGACAGCCAGAAAGAAGGCCCUCGGUCCAGCCUGGCUACAGAAACAGAGAGGGAGAAUGCAGUGACUUGUAAUGGCAGCCGAGCUGUGAAAGAAUUCCCCUGCCCUUUGGAAGACCUGGAAAGGACGGACCAAGGGAAACACGCAACCUUUGAGUCCUGGGAGCAGAACAUGCCAGAGAAAGUUGGGAUAAAGGCAUGUGCCUCGUUUAUUAGAGCAAGGCUUUUACUCCAGCUUAGCCAGUCGCAACAGUCAUCCUUUGCACUAGAGAAGAACAUUAAAGGUCAAAAAGAAAUUGAUGACAAAGUGGCACGACUUGGUUUCAGUGAAAAUUCCUUGCUGUUGAUGAUCAAGAUCAUGGGACGGGAUCUUACACCAGAAAAAGAGGAAUUCCAGGGCGAGGUGAAAUGCAUAGGCCCUUCAGUGCUGUCACCACUGGUAACUGCGUCAGCCACAGAAUUUGAAAGCAAUUGGUUUGGUAACCUCCAAGAUGAUUUAUGUCACUUUGACAGACAAUUCUGUUCAGGUGCACAUCUCCCACCUUUAGUAACUUAA